CCUCUUUCGUAUCGUCUUUUGCGACUCUUCUUUUUUUUUUUUUUGCUCCCCAGAUAUCACUACACACACCAUUACCUUUGAGCUUUUUUUGCACCAUUUUAUACUCUUCCAAUGUCUGCUUCUACCUCUGGUCUUUCUGCUUCAGUCACGCGUAUCCUGUACCUGACUGGCUUCGCUAAGGAGCUCAAGACAAAGGAUAUCCAGUCUGCAUUCUCAGAGUGGGAGACCGUUGCUGGAGGCUUCAAGAUCAAAUGGAGAGAUGACACCAGUCUUUUAAUUGUUUUCAACGAUGCCGCUGUCGCUAAGCGUGCAUAUCUCCAUACGCUCGCCUUCCCUCCUGCUAUACUCUCUGCCGGUUCAGUCAUCAAACCAUACGACGGUCCGGAUGCUCAGACCGUCAUUCAGACGGUCAACACGCGUGGUCAACACAACAGUAAUCCAUCUCGCGGACACAAUAUGCGUGCGGCCUCGAUCUCAGUGUUCCCAAGCCGCAGUGCCAAUAACAGCCAGAACGGCAAUAAUAAUUUUCGCAAUGGUAAUGGACCACACGUGACGACUGGUACUAUUUCAGAGCACUCACCGAAUAUGAACGGGCGGGAACCAUCACCAACGCUUCCCUCACUGCCUUCUCACCCAACAUUGAACGAGCUGAUCAAUUCGGCGGUGGGGCGUGAGGACCCGGCGAUUUUGCAUGCGGAAGGACCCCCGAGGAUUGGUGAUCCGGGGAAGAGGAUGCUGGGAGCUGCGUUGGGUGUGAGACACCCCGGAUUAGGGCCGAGAGGGGUGCACGGUAAUGGGAUGCAUGGAGGGGAUAGCCCAAGAGGGGGUGCAGACCUGACACUGAGAGAUAUGCAGAGGGCUAUGGGUGGUCUGACGGUUGCUGAGUGAAGGAUUGGAUGCUUUCGAUGUUUAUUUGAGACGGUUAUGAUACGAGUGGUUUUUUCUGGUGUGGUUAUCGGUGUUUCUGUUGCUGUUGUGCAUCUGUUGAUGCUUUAAUCUGAAGCUGUUAUCCUCGGAUU